CUGACUUAUAGGGAGAGAGUUAGAGAGAGUAUUAGAGAGUGGAUUUUGCUUUCUUAGUGUGGUGAGCUAGUAGUGUAAUUAAGAUCAGAAUGAAAAUCUCCACAUCUCUAGUGACUGUUUUGGUUUCUGUUAUCUUCUAUCUAUCCUCUGUUUCACCAUUUGUCAUCUGUUCAUCUCUUGACGUCACCAUUGAUAACCAUCCACCAAGGAAUCUCAAGAACAACGGAUCCCUGUUGAGUAGUCAAAUGAUAACCAGCAUAAAGCUUCAUGGCAUUCUCUUAUGGGCUUCAAUGGGAUUUCUUAUGCCAAUGGGGAUUCUCUUCAUUAGAAUGGCCAAUAAAGCUAAUGAAAAUGGAAGAAAUGUUAAAGUGUUCUUCUACCUUCAUGUCACUUUCCAGCAGAUACUAGCAGUGGUUUUGGCAACAAUAGGAGCUAUAAUGUCUAUAAGAACAUUGGAGAACUCCUUUGACAACAACCAUCAAAGACUUGGUCUCGCUCUUUAUGCUGGCAUGUGGUUCCAAUUCUUGACCGGUUUCUUCAGGCCCUCUAGAGGGAGCAAAAGGAGGUUAAAAUGGUUCUUAUUGCAUUGGAUUCUUGGAACAAUAGUGUCAAUAGUUGGCAUAAUUAACAUAUACACAGGCAUAAGAGCUUACCAUAAGAAGACAUCAUCAAGUAGAGACUCAAGUAUUUGGACAAUCUUGUUCACCGCUCAACUCUCUUGUCUUGCCCUCGUCUAUCUAAUUCAAGACAAGUGGGAACAUUUUCAAAAGCAAAGAGUUAGAGCGAAGAAGAAGAAGAAGAAAGAGAUGGGAGGCGAAGAGGAGACGAAGAAGAGAGAGCUAGUCGAAUCGCUGGGAUGGAUAACGGAAUCUUCAAUCAUGCCGAAGAAGCAUCGCGCCAUCGAAGGCGUGGGUCCUUCCUCAAUCAUGGAGCUCAAGGCUCAGCUCUAUAAGUCUCAGGAAGAAGCUAAGCAGACGAAGGAUUUCACUGGAUCCGAUGCUCAGUACCACCGCGCCAAAGAAAGGAUCGCCGCUAAAGAUUCUUUCGCCGCCAAGAACUCCGGCGUCGAGAGUCGCGCUCUCAAGGACAAGCUUGAACUUAAAGCUGUUAAAGACGGAGCAGUUAGCUACGCUGCGUUGGAGAAGAAGGCUCAGUUAUAUGAGAAGCUUGCAAGGGGAGAGCUUUCAGAUGAAGAAGCCGAGGAGAAAUACUGUGUGGAUUUCUUCAGGAAAGGAAUAGAACAUGGAGAAGAUUUACAACCAACCAGGAGUAGUAACAGUUCCAUUUCGGCACCACCUGAGGAUUUAAAAGCAGAUGGCGAGGAUGAUGGUUCGCUGUUUAGCACCAAAUUUGCUGGACUUGGACGUGCGGUUGAGACAGCUGAUAUAAGUCAACACGUGCGUAUGGUCAGAGAGGUUCAUCAAGAAGUGAAUCAAGCUAGAGAAAAGGCAACAGAGUUGAAGCAAAGGAGACAAGAGCAGGCAACAAAUCGUCGGGAGAAACUCAAACAAGCUUAUCUUCGGAAGCAGCUCGAGAAACUUAAAGCUCAACAACAACAACCGCCGCAGCAACAAGAUGAGGGAAAAACUUGAUUCUUUUGAUGUUGUUUUUACUUCGCCAAGCUUUUAAUGACUUGAGAGAAUAUAAAUCCCAGAAAAAAGGUAAUCAAGCCGACCCAAGAAACUGCAGAAUUUUUUUAAUGACAUUUGAUUAGAUGGUUAGCUUUUAUAUUGUAAUUGUACUGUUAUGUUAUUUUGUAAAGAGUAAGUAAAAAUUUUGUUUGCCAAUCUCUGUUACAGAACAAUAUGCUUAUAAACAUAUGAUAAUUCUGUACUACAACAGGUUGUUUAGUUGUAAAGUCUCCGUUACAGUUUUCUGGUGCAUGCUAGCCCAAGUUCG